AACGGUCCUGCGAGACCGAUUGUGCGUUAUAGAUUAUAAGCUUAAUGUUAGAUUUAAGUCGAAAAUAUAUGUAGUGUGUUAGAAGUCCGCGUUGAAUAAAUCGUGUUUUUUGCUAAGUGUCGUGUGUGCUACUAUUGUUGUCCGUAGAAGAACUGCCCAUCGAGCAUCCCCACCAAAUCUACUGAGCUAUCAUCGUUGGUCCAGGUAUCCUACAUAAUUGGUCCUUCGAACCGGAUGCCUGAGGACCGUACCAGCAAGGAUCCAACGCUCGAUUACCGCCACAGGACAGCAUACAAAGCACACAAUUCACACACAAUUCAAUUCAGUUUUGUGUUCUACGGAAGAAAAGGAGUGUCGCCAUCAUUUCGCGGGAUAAUUAGCGAGGCAUAAAAGGAUUAUCGCCAUCGCAUCUGAUGUCAAGGGACAUCAAAGGAUUCUUUGUCAUCGAGUUUGCGCGUCGCUUGGGUAAGCGCCAUUGAACUCGGUACACUUUGGAUUAUUGGCUCCUUUUUGGAUGAUCUGGAACGGCUUUCGGUUUGGACUGGACACUACCCGGUUCGGAUUCCUGUUUUCCAGUGCUACACUUGCAUCGGCCAACGACAAUCCUUGGAAUUCGGACAGGAAGUAAAGAUCGAAUGCGUCGCAUUUACGUGCACGUUUUGUCAUCAUCGUCAUCAUUCUCAUCCUGAGUGAUUAGUGCAAUCACCUGCUCUGUUGGUGGCUUUCAUCGUUACAUCGAUCCCGGCUAGGACAUUGCGGUGGCGCGAAAGUAAUAGUCCCGGAUUGAAUCGUCGCAGCUACGAAUAUUCAUCGACUCUGGUUGCGGUCUACUGGAGAACUACAGUUAUCAACCCUGCUUGCAUACCGCAUCCAACACACGCCAAGGGAUUCCACCAGAAGAGGCAGCGACAUCGAUUAAUCGUCCAGGUUAGUUAAUUAGAGCUAGGUAUAUGCCUGCCGAAGCUUGGGCAGCAGAAAUACACCUGUUAAUUGAUUUUACAUCCUCUUCGAUUGCGUGGGCGUGUCCCUGAUUUUCCAACUGCAUAUUUCGAUCGGUUUGCUGAAUUUUGGAGAUUUGGUACGGUUCUUAAUUGAUUGAUUGGUUACUACUGACGUCAAAAUUUGAGAUUGUGCAUCAUCAAAAAGUAGUGCAUUCACUCAACCGAUUGGACAAUUGCAGAGCUGUUGGUUCCUCCAGGUAGGCUGCCACGGUAUAUGUCCAGUCGAGGCUGGUGAUUUGUAUACUACAUACUGGUUUUCCUCCUCUUUAUCCCUCACGUACAACCGAGAAUUAUCGUACAUAGUGGCUGCGUGGGCAUUGCUGAAGCUGACUGAUUGGCGCUGCUGAUCAUCCUAGUAGCGAAUUGUUUUCCUGUUAAGGUCAGUUAAGCUGGAAUAGUGUGUGUCCGCCGAAGCGAAGGGACCCUACGGUAUAUUACAUCACCUCUCUUUCUACCCCACAUUCACUACCGCCCUAUUGAGGAACGAUGGCACCCUCGAAGAAGCCCGUGAAGAAGAUGUCAUCCCUUAAGCUGUUGAUGGUCAAAUUAAAGCAGAUUGAGGCUGCUUUCAACGAUGUCUACCGUUUCAGUAGGGGGAUUCAAGAGACUACAUCCCUCACACAGAUUCUUCUUCGACUGGAGAAAAUUGACGAUCUUUGGGAAAGGUACGGAGCUACUUUGGUGGAAAUUCAAUCCCACGAAGAUUUCGAUGAGGAGGAUGUGGACGACGAGGGUGAAAGUGAUGCUCUUAAUAAAAAUAGGCAGGAAUUUAGUGAUCGCUACUAUGAGGUUAAGGCAGUGUUAACAGACCAGGUUAGGGAAAGACAAGAACCAGCUACAUUAAACCAAUCUGUACUAGGUGAUCCUCCAGCACCAGCUGCACUCGAACGUGUACGCCUUCCGCAGAUUCAAUUGCCAGCCUUUAAUGGGGAGAUAGACGAAUGGUUAAGUUUUAGGGAUCUGUUCACUUCCUUGAUCCAUUGGAAGACAGAUUUACCUGACGUAGAAAAGUUGCACUAUUUAAAGGGCUGUCUGCAAGGAGAACCUAAAACCUUGAUCGAUUCUCUUCAGAUCACUGCGGCCAACUAUCAGGUCGCAUGGGGAAUGCUGACCAAACGCUAUAACAACAGCAAAUUGUUGAAGAAGCGGCAAAUUCAGUCUCUUUUGAAGCUACCCGUUCUCGCCAAGGAAUCUGCCUCGGAGCUACACCUUUUAGUUGAAGGUUUUGAAAAAAUCGUGCAAACUUUGGACCAAAUCGUACAACCGGGCGACUACAAAGACUUGUUGUUGGUGAAUCUGCUGUCGUCGCGUCUAGAUCCAUGUACUCGUCGUAGUUGGGAAGAGUUCUCUUCAACUAAAGAACAGGAUACACUGAAGGAGCUUACCGAAUUCCUUCAACGACGCGUCCGCGUCCUAGAAUCCUUGCCUUUCAAGGCUGCAGAUUGCACGAAAUCAAUCCAUCAACCCGCAUCCAGGCAGAAGGUAUCUGCUGUAAAGAAUAGCUUCAGUACCGUGCAAGUGUCCGGGGGACGCUGUCCAGCUUGCACUGGGACUCAUCCUCUGUUCCAGUGCGGCACUUUCCAACGAAUGUCAGUGGCGGAUAAGGAUUCGUUACUACGGUCGCAUUCGUUGUGCAGGAACUGUUUCAGGCAAGGACAUCAAGCCAAGGAAUCUAACCUGGCGGCUACGGACAGCUUGGUGGCAGACACAGUUCACCAAUGCUCGUCGAAGGUUUUGUUGGCAACAGCAAUUGUCGUUGUUCAGGAUGACGGCUGCAAAAAGAUUCCUGCUCGUGCUCUCCUCGAUUCGGGAUCAGAGAGUAAUUUCAUUACCGAGCAUCUCAGCCAGCGGCUGAGUAAGGUUAAUAUUUCGGCUCACGGCAUUGGUCUGUCAGCAAUCAAAGUGAACCAACGGAUUGUGGCUACGAUUCGCUCUCGUCUUUCGGAGUUCUCUCGCCAGAUGGGCUUUCUGGUACUUCCGAAGGUAACAAGCAAUCUUCCUACUGCUAACGUCAACAUCGCUGGUUGGACAAUACCUAAAGGAGUCGAGCUCGCCGAUCCAUCCUUUUGUGUGUCAUCAGGGAAAAUCGAGCUUGGAGCUAAAAAUCCAGCAUUGCAUGACUCCGUAUUUGGUUCGAUUGUCAGUGGAGGAUUCUCCGAAGAUAUUCAAGGUUCGCAAAGCAGCUGUAACAUCGCAACUACAGAUCGAUUAGAACAUCUACUUACUCGAUUCUGGGCCAUGGAGGAAGCAGACUCCACGAAUAGCUAUUCCCCCGAAGAAUCUCGCUGUGAAGCCAUCUUCUCGAAAACAGUUCAACGCAGAUCCGAUGACCGCUAUUCCGUAGCACUUCCCAAGAACGAAAAUGCCAUUUCCAGGUUGGGAGAAUCUAGGAGAUCGCAUUUCGGCGGUUUCUGA